CGUCUUACAGUCUAGACGAAACAUUUCAUAUGAUUUUACACGAAAAUAACAUUGUUUGAUUGAGAAAAAAUCAUCGAAAAUAAUUUUCAAAAGCUAACAAUGGAUGUCGAAUUUUUGAGAUACCAAUUCAGCGAUGGAUACACUGGAGUUAUUUCUAAACAAAGAUUUAAGGUCGGAAUACGACACGUGCAGAUCCUUUAUAUGUUCGUUGGAGCUAUCGUCAUUGGACUAGUGAGGGGGAGCAUAGGUGUUGCUGUAUUGGCCUUAAACGAUGAGGAUCGCCGACAUGAUACUUAUUUAGAGAUUCACAAUUGGGAUAAAAGAAUUCAAGGAGCAGUAAUGUCGUCAUUCUUCUUUGGAUACGCAGUGAUGCUAGUACCAGCUGAUUUGUUACUGAGGAAAAUUGGUGGGAAAAUCGUUUGCACAGCCAUAUUCGUUGUCAAUGGAGCUCUAUGUGUUGCUAUGCCUACAAUUGUUAAUAAAGGUGGAUGGGUGGCAGCAUCGAACGCACAGUUGUUCAUGGGAAUGGCACAUAGUUGCUUCUCCACUGUUUACGAGACCUUGAUAGAACGAUGGCUACCACCGAACGAAAGGAAUACUUACAGUCAUUUUAUUUAUGGAGGUAUACAAUUAGGAAUCAUAAUAGGGCUACCAAUCUCUGGUUUACUGUCUCAAACACGUCUUGGCUGGGAAUUUAUUUACUACGCCUUGGCCAUGGCGACUUUGUCUAUGGCAGUAGUUAUAGGGACACUGACUGCUAGCUCAUUUGAAGGACAUCAGGCUAUGGGGGAUGGUGAAAAAGAGUUUAUAAGAGACGCUAUGACUUUGUAUAAAAAGAAAAAACUGAUUAGACCUUUUAGAUCUAUAUUGGAAUGCAAAAAGUUCUGGGCUGUGACAGUAGCUCACUCAGCGAGCAAUGCUUUAUUUAUUUUUUACUUGAUCUUCGUUCCUGUCUUCUUGGAAACGCUAAAUGUUUCUCUUAAAGAUGCUACCUUUUACACUAUGAUGUCAUUUCUGACAAUGUGGUUGGUUUACUUAACGACUUCUCCUACAGUAGAGUGGGUGGCUGGCUCCGAAAUCGUAAACUAUAUUAUGAGUACUACAUGUCUCAGGAAAAUAAUUAACACCUUGGGUGCCCUCGGUAUCAUAAUAGGUUUAUCGAUUCUACCCAAUUUAACGCAGGAACGGACUAACGUGGCAGUUAUUGUAUUAAUAGCAAUAUUAGGAUUGCUUGGCUUCCAAUUAACCGGUUUUUUGAGUAAUUAUCAAGACAUGACAGAAAACUACAGUGGGACCCUCAUAAUGCUAAGCAGCACUAUCAGCGGCUUCGUAGGAGCUGUCAUCCCAUUCCUAUUCAGCUUUUUCUUGUAUACAGAGCCGAUCCAUCUCUCUCAAUGGAAAGCGGCGUUCUAUAUAUUGGCAGCGUAUUAUAUGGGAUGCAAUGCUGUUUAUGUUUUAUUCGCGAGCAAUAAGCGACAACCGUGGGACGGUAACUCUGGCAGGAAAACGGGACAUUACAACCACAGCUACAGCUAUGGUAUGGGUAAAUUACAUGAUGACAUGAUGAAGGAUAUAUUAUGGAAAAGAACAGCUCUUAUUUUCCAAAAUGUUUGAUGUGAUUUUGCUCUGUUAUCUAUAUAUUAAUACGUGAAGCAAAAACUUUGUAUCCCUUUUUACGAAAAUUGCGCGGACGGAGGAGUAUGAAAUCUUCCACACUUAUCGAGAAUAUAGAGAAGAAGUGCACAAUGCUAAUAUUUUUUUUAAAUAAUGCAUAAAAUAUAAUAAAGAAAACAUUACACACACUACCAUGUAUUUGACGCACACACGCAUGCAUACUAUUUAUUGUCAAACUUUUGUUCUUGACCUCUGUUGUCAAAUUGAGAAUAGAUUAAAUAUUGUUUGUCUUUGUAUAAUAUUUUUUAUAGUGUAGUCUUGGCGAAAUUUGUGAUUAUAGAAGUAUAAAAUACAAUCAUAAUAGCGUACAAACUUACAAUUCCAAUUAAUUAUAGUUGAAUUUCGACUACUGCGGGACCUCUAGUAUGUUCUUAAUGUAUCUGAAAAUGCAAUGUAAGGAGCACGACGUAAUGCAGCUUAGUUAGGUUUCCGAUAGGUCACGCAGUUCAAUUCUAACCGCGCUCCCGGUGACACUUGCCCCAAUUAAUUUCUCAAAUGUUUUAAUUAUUAGAAUUAAAUAAACUUCUUUUUUUUUUAAAAGCUUUUCUGAUAAAUCUUCGCAACAGCUCGUUCAUAAAAUAAUACUUUUGAUUGCAUUAGAUGGGUGGAAGUUUUUAGGGACCAGUUAUUCAACCUAUAUACAUGAAAAAAUAUAUACCGUCUUCCGUCUUGAGUAAUGAAGUUGAAGCUUGUAAGUUACAUUAGAUAGCGGAAAACGUUGUAUUAUGCCAAAAUUGUGGCACCCACCUAUGCGGGCACAUAAAUACUUCCUACCCCGAGGAAUAUUUACCCUUUUAUUUAACAUAAUGAAAUAUGGUAUCAGAGACAGAUAAUGCGAAAUACUUAAAUUAUUUCUUAAAAAAGGAUGUUUUUACAGUUGUUUCUCUUAUCCACAAAGUGUACUGUAUACUAAUAGCUUCAAGUUAUGAUGAAAUAAAAGCUGCUUUUGCCUACGCGGAGAGUAUUAUAAAUUGAUAAAAAGUAGCAGCGGCUUGUUGCGGUAGGCAGCGGCUUGGCUCUGCCCCUGGCAUUGCUGAAGUCCAUGGGCGACGGUAACCACUCACCAUCAGGUGGUACUCACCGUAUGCUUGUCUGCCUACAAAGGCAAUAAAAAAAUAAUAAAAAAUACGUCGUAGAGGCGACGUCGUGUCAUCAUAUUUGUUAACUCAGUUUUUUCUUUCGUAGACUCCAAUCACAUUCAACUCGAGGAGUUUUCACACUCAAAACUUAUACAAGAGGAAAACGGUGCAAUGAUUUAAGGAGACGUAAACCAAUAAACAAUUGACUGAUAAAUAAUAAAAUAUGUUACAAAAA